AUUCGCACUUCUCCUUCGCACGUUCCUUCUGUAACAACAUAUAAAACCAUCUCCAUUGAUUCCCCAUUCACACUUCACUUGCCUUUUUCCCUCUUUUUCCACCACAGCCACAAUUACCAUUUUGCCAUCAAUGGCGUUACAGAGACAACCUAGUGAUCUCAAAACUAGAAUCAACACAUGUCUCAACAGAUUAUCCGACCGUGAUACCCUCACAGUCGCAACAAACGAACUCGAAUCAAUAGCUAGAACUCUCAACACUGAAGGAUUUAGUGCAUUUUUAACUUGUAUUUCAACUACAGAUACUUCACACAAAUCCCCCGUACGCCGACAAUGUGUUCGGCUUAUCGGCGUGCUCUCGGCGUCUCAUGGCGACGCGCUUUCACCGCAUUUAACGAAAAUGAUUUCGGCUGUACUCCGCCGGCUUCGUGACGCUGACUCGGCUGUUAGAACGGCUUGUGUUGAAGCUGUUACGUCGAUUGCUUCGGAGAUUACUCAAGUUCCGUUUUCUUCUAUUUUGAAGCCGUUAAUUGAUGCUAUUGUCCAUGAACAGGAUAAUAACUCGCAGAUGGGAGCUUCGCUUUGUCUUGCAGCAGCAAUUGAAGCAUCACCUGAUCCUGAACCAACUGAGCUAAAGAAAGUGUUACCAAAGCUCUUGAAAUUGGUGAAGAAUGAUAGUUUUAAAGCUAAACCAGCGUUGUUGUCGCUUAUUGGUAGUAUAGUUAGUGUUGGUGGUGCUUCGAAUAAGAAUGUAUUGAGUAAUUUGGUUCCAAUUACGGUUGAGUUGUUGAGUAGUGAAGAUUGGACUGUAAGGAAGGCUGCGGCGGAGACAUUGGGACGAUUGGCUGUUUCAGAGAGAGAGUUGUUGGCUGAGUUGAAGGGGUUUUGUAUCACUUCAUUGGAUAAUAGAAGAUUUGAUAAGGUGAAGGUUGUGAGAGAGACAAUGAAUAGGGCGUUAGAAUGGUGGAAGGAAGUUCCAGGUACUUCAGACAAUGUCUUGCCUCGAUCACAAUCCAAGUUUUCACCCAAAGAUUGUGGUAGUGGUGCCUGUUCUCCAACUCCUUCCAAAAGUUCGAGUGAUACAGCCACGGAGACCCCUCAACUGAAGAAAGCACUCCGCCCAAGCAAGUCACUUGCAUCCAGCAGUUCUUCCUCGAUCACCUCCCAGAAGAAUAGUUCUACUAGGUUCCGCCGCACAAAAUCAAAUGUCACGAGCUCCUGUAAGCUGGAUUUAAGAAAAUCCCUUGAUGCAAAAGCAAAACACACUGUUUUGCAGGCUUCUGCAUUGGAGGUAGCUUUUGAAGAACAGAAGAGUCAGAAUCUUAGAGCUCAAGAUUCAGUGGAUACAGUUAGUUGUAGCAGUUCAAGUUCAGAAGUAAAGUCAACUGUGUUCAACAGACCACCUGAUGAAAAGUUCUACGGAUGUGGUAAUUCACAGUCUGGUUCUCGGGCUAUUCCACUCUUUGAGGACUACAAUAACAACAUGGUACCUGAUGAAAACAUCAAUGAAGAUGCCCUCUUGAGUCAUAGAGAGUACGAGAAUUUUUGUUCCGUCCGCAAACAGCUUGUUCAGAUUGAAAAUCAACAGUCCAGUUUGUUGGACCUCCUCCAGGGAUUUAUUGGCAGCUCACGAAAUGGAAUGAAUUCUUUAGAGAAACGUGUAAAUGGUUUGGAGAGAUUACUUGAUGAAAUGCAACAUGAUUUGGCAAUAACAACAGGGAGGAUACCUAAUACUGAUUUUACAGGAAAUACAUGUUACAUGCUCCCUCGUGCAGAAUUUUUGAGUCCUAAGUUUUGGAGAAGUUCAGAAGAUCAAGAUUCAAAUUCAAGAAUAUCUUUCUCCACUGGAAGCCAGAAUACCGUGUACAGUGAGCCAGAAACAAAUGCUUCAGCAAAACUGAUGGGUGUCACUCAAAAUGAAUGUAACUUUGCAUUGCGUUCUUCCUCCAAUAGAAGAAAAGAGAGAAUAGCUCGAGAUGGUGAAACUGCGGGUUUUUGUCAUGUCGGUAGGCUUAACGGGGCUUCAUUUGCAAAUUGCAUAGAGCAGCAAACUUGAGCUGUAGGUGAUUGUUUUUCUUUAGCUUGACAUCAUGAUACCGUAAUUCCUGCCAUCCAUAUCUUUGUCGAGCUUCCUUUUUCUGUUGCCUUCAUAUUCUACUACAUUUCCUCUCUAUCAGGACCGACCAGUUAUUCAAUUAUUGAAGACAUAAUUGUCUGUUGUCUCUAAUCAUUGCAAUAAUUAAAGUCUUCUAUCAUAUUAUAAGUUUGAACAAAUGUUGAGUGCUCUCAUCAUCUUUUGAAAGUUCUUCUUCCAUCUCCCUUUCUGUAUCGUUUAGUUCUCAACAUAUUUUUGGAAUUGAUGAAACCUGAUCCUUCGUACCUGGCUUUGCAUAGUGUGUAACUCUGUGCAACUCUUGCUAUAUUUUUUUCCAACUCUUCCCUGUAACUUGACAGUCACUACUCAUUAGUAUUUUCAUUAGUUCUCACUUCUAAGUAGUAAAAAUUUCUUCAUGUUUUUCUUUUUUCUUCUGCAUUAAUGUCCUUAAUUUGAAUAGUUCUUGUUAAUCAUAGAAGGGUUAUGUAUAAUUUCCUUGGAACCAUUGUUGAAG